ACCGCCGCCGCCGCGCCUGCUGCAUGCUCGGUGCCGCCUCAGCCCCAGCCGGAGGUGGAAGAUGGCGGAGCCGGGGCCGGAUUGCAGCUCUCUGCUCGACGAGGAUCUUUCCUCCUUCGUCUUCAGUUACCUCGCUGACAGUCAGUACGAGGUGUCUGGCGAGGAGCACCUCUACUCCGACUUCCCUGAGAUUGAUUUGUCCCAGCUGGAUGCCAGCGACUUUGACUCGGCCAGCUGCUUCAGCGAGCUGCAGUGGUGCGGGCAGCACUCGGAGACCGACUCCAGCCAGUACAGCACCGACGACUCCGAGCUCUUCCAGAUAAUAGACAGCGAGAACGAAGCGCUGCUGGCAGCCCUCACCGAGACAUUGGAUGAUAUACAGGGAGAUGACAUGGGCCUGGCUGCCUUCCGAACUAUGGAAGAGGGGGACACGCUCAACCAUGCCUACACCUCGCCUGCCCCCUCCCCCAAACCCACCGCCCUGGUCACGGGGGAGCCGCCCCCGGCCCCCGAGUUUGAUGAGCUGUCUCUACUGAAGAAGUUGCUCCUCUCUCCAUCGCAUGUGCCUCCAAGCUGCGAGGCUCAGCGGGACGGGAGCGCCCGGCGCCCGGGGAACCCUAAAUCCCGACCUGCACGGCCCUGCGCAAAGGUGGAGGGUCCCCGGGACAGGAGGGCAAGCGUCCCGCAGGCACAGAGCCGUAGCUGCACUGAGCUGCACCGGCACCUCACCUCCACUGCCCCCUGCCCCCAGACCAAAGCCCCCCGGGCGCCCGAGGAGUGCCCCAGCAGCCGCCACCACCCGUCCCCAGGCCACUACACCCAUCACGAGGAUGACAGCGACUCCAGUGAGGACUCACUGAGCUCUGGUGGCUCGGUGACCCCUUCCUCCUCAGCAGAGGAUGGCUCCAGCAGCCAGUUCUCCUGCGAGGGGGAGAUGCACUCGGUGGUGGAGCUCAUCCGCUACAUGCACACCUACUGCCUGCCGCCGCGGAAGCUGCCCACCCGCGACGCUGCCGAUGCCAAGCCCCAGCCCUGCAGCAGCCCCUUCAAGAGAGCCAAACCGGACUGCUCUGCACAGUCGGGCCUCCCCAGCAGCGCCCAGAGCCGGCCGGGCUGUGCCUGGCAGGCUGCCGGGGGCUGCAAGAGGCCUGGAGCAUCCUUCUCCAUCCUGAAGGAGCUACUGGCACGGGACCUACUGUGCGAUGUGAGCAAGCCAUACCGCCUGGGCAAGCCCGUGUACGCCGCCCUGGCCCGGCCGCCUGGCUCCCACUCCCCUGUGCCACCAGCCCAGGACAGGGAGGAUGCUGGUGGGACCUGCACAUCCAGAGCCAAAACAGCGCCGGAGAAGAGCGAGCCACGGCAGAGCCCCGGGGUGGAGGCGGAGGCACAGCAGGAGCUGGGUGGCCUCGAGGACGAUGCUGGGAAGCGUACAGGCAUCCCAGGUGCAGCCACAGGGAAGGUGGUCCGCAAGCAGGAGAGCACUGUUUACGCUGUCCGCCGAUCCAAGAGACUCAACCCCGAGCUCGGCCACUGGCUCUCCUUCCUCAACGAGCCAUCCUCCGAGCCCUCCAUCCCCCAGGAGGCAGGGGACAGCCGUGGCCCCCGGGAUGCCCUGACCUGCAGGGAGCCCACAUUGUGCCCGGCGCUGGAGGGCUUCUCUGCUGAAGAGCCUGCGGCCGAAGUGGAGGUGGGGGGCACGGAGGAGGGAGACGGUGGGAGCACGGCACCACCGGCGGAGCUCCAGCCCCUCUCUCUGGGCUCCCCAGGGGAUGGCAAGCUGGGUGAUGGGGCUGAGAACCGGUGCUGUGCCCUCCUGGAGCAAGCAGAAACACCCAGGUGUCUCACGCUGUCCUUGGCGCAAACGGACUCGACAUUUGGGAAGAGAAACUUUGAGCCGAUGCUGACAGUGGAGCUGUGUGGGACAGCAGGUCUCACGCCACCCACCACUCCACCAUACAAACCUGCCGAGGAGGACCUGUACAAGCCAGACAUCCCCCAGGAGCCAGGGAAGGAGGACGGGACAGCCCCCAGCCCCGGGGGUGCAGGGGACGUGGCAGCAUCCCGGAAAGCCCCCAAGAAGCACCCUGAGAGGACAGAGCUCUUCGCCCACCUGAGCCGAGCCGCCGGGCGCCCCACGCUCCCCGAGCAGCAGGGCAUGCUCAAGCGGCCCUUCUCCCGCUCCUUCGGGGACCACGACUACUGCCAGGUGCUGAAGCCUGAGGCCGCCCUGCAGAGGAAGGUGCUCAAGUCGUGGGAGCCCCCGAGCCAGGUGGAGAUGGAGCACAAGAGGAGGGUCCCGGCCGCCCACUACCAGGGGCUGGAUGUUGGCGGCAAGGAGGCAGGCAGCGACAUGCUGUGGAAGGAUGGUGUCAAGCAGCUGAGAGACCAGGAGAUCAGAGCCAGCUUAACAAAGCACUUUGGCUUUCUGGACAGUGCUCUCGAUGAUGAGGACAUGGUCUUCUGCAAGACCCCUGAGUACGACACUGUCUUUGAAGACAGCUGCAGUGAGAGCGGCUCCCCCGUGGAGGAGGAGGAGGAAGAGGAGGAGGAGGAGCAUGGCGACACCAAGCUGUGCUUGCGGAGAAACCCCCUUUCCAGGACCAGUUUGCAUUACUGUUCCCGGAGCAGGUCCAGCUCGGGGUCUUCGUGCUGUCGGUCUCGAUCGCCCACAAGCAGACGGACCUUCAGGUGUGAGAAUGGCGAGCAGUGUCAGGGCGGGAGCGGGCACCGGGGCCAGCUGGAGAAGAGACAGGAAAAGGCCAUCGGGGAAGGCCGCGUGGUGUAUAUCAGAAACCUCUCCAGCAGCAUGAGCUCCAGCGAACUGAAGAAACGCUUCGAAGUGUUUGGUGAAAUCGUGGAGUGUCAGGUCCUGUCCAGGACUAACAGGGGGGAUAAAUAUGGCUUCAUCACCUACCGGUAUUCAGAGCAUGCCGCCUUAUCUCUGAAAAACGGCACCUUGCUAAGGAAGAGGAACGAGCCUUCGUUCCAGCUCAGCUCUGGUGGCCUCGGGCAAGUCUUCCGGACCAGAUACGCUGACUUGGAUUGCAGCGCAGAGGAGUCCUCCCCAGCUCCAGUGAAAAGCAAGUACGAGACCAUGGAUUUCGACAGCUUGCUGCAGGAGGCCCAGCUAAGCCUGCAUCGGUAACAGCCUUAACCUUGGAGGAAUACCUCAAUACCUCAGUCAAGGCACUUCCAAUAUGUUUACGUUUUCAAAGAAAUUAUUCAGUCUAUGGAAAGCGAGAGAGAGCGAGAGAGCGAGAGCACGCACGCACGAGAGAGAGACUGCUGUCCCUUCCGAUCGAUGUUUACAUUGAACAAAGCUGCUUCUGUCUGUGAGUCCCCAUGGUGUUGAUGUCUCACUGCCACAUGUUAGUCCCCCCGCUUCUGACUGGUUGUUUUAGGGUGAGCCUAGGAGCCCCCCGGCCCCCGCUCCCUCCUCCUGCCCUCCCUGUGCUCCUGCCACGGAGUUGCAGCUGUGUUCACCAUAACAUUUUUUUGUCCGUAGUGUGUGAUGAUGAAAUUGUUAAUUGUGAAUAGAAUCAGGAUUAUAAACUAAUUUUUAAUAGAAGAGGAAAAAAAAGUAUAUACUUAAAAAAAUGUAUUUAUGGCUCAGAUGUACUGUAAUUCAGAUUUAUUGUACCGCUUCCUUGAUUUUUAACUAUGCACUGUAAUGAGGCACUUGCCACUCAGCAAAUGGGGGGUCAGAGCAGAGUCACGGAGCCGGCAUUCACCCAUCGGCCGUGGAGGCACCCGCCUGCCCCGCCAGCAAACCAGGGUGCUCGGCGGUCGCGUCGGGAUCACCCACUUUGCUGUCAAAGCCAUUCUUCUUGCUCGCGUGGCCCCAGCCCCCCAGCCCCCAGCCCCCAGCCCGGCUGGGUCGCGGCACCCAGAUGCUGAGCUCGGUCGUCGUGCGUGAUGGAGCCGGUGGGCGGUGGGCAUGCCGGCCCCGUGCCAUUCCCGCCGUGGGGCCAGGCAGCUUUGCAGGCGCGGAGGGCUGGGGUGGUAGAAGGAUGCACUGCCCCGGGGGGGCUGCGGGACCGAUGCCUGCCAGCCAUCGCUGCUCCAGCCCUCUGCCUGUGGAGCCAGGGGGGCCGGAGCCAGCCAGGCUUGAUCCGGCGGGUCCUGCAGGCACAGCCCGGGGGACGGGUCCCUCCAGGUCCCUGCGAGGGAGCCGCCUUGUCCCCAGCAACUUGGGCGGCUGGGAGACCGGCCGGGACAAGCGGCUUGCUCCCUCUCACUUCCACCCCCUGCAAAGCAAGUGGGGCAAGAAGACCCAUCUGUGAUCCCUGCCCCGCAGCCAGCCCAAAAUCCAGAGAGGCAGGAAGGCAGGAGGGGACACAGCAGCCGCGCCGAACGCCUCUGCCCUGCCUGUGCUCUGCCCGGUACCUGAUAAGCCAUACACUUCCCCAGCACCAGUUGGCACGCAGGAUCCGUCCCCCACGCCCGCCGGCGCCCCGUGGUGCACUCGCUCGCUCUGCCUCUGGCCGGGGCCCUCGGGGCUGCCCAGCAGCACUGGAUUUAAGGCAUGCUCAAGCAGCAACCCCCCGAAAUUUGCUUGCAAACCUGCCUUCCAUCUCCAGGUGAGGUGGGAGCGGGAGAGAGCCCACCACUGGCUGGAACAAACAACCGUGAGCCGGCCAGAGGCGCCAUUUUCCCAAGGGAGCGGGAAUCUCUGCUCCUCAAGCCAUCACCAUCAUCUCCAUUUAUUUUCAGACCCAGAGACCACUAGGGAUUCAGCCAUCCUAUGUAGAUAGAAUAUUAUAGCCUUAACUCUGCCAAUAGAUAGAUUAGAGUCUCCUGGGGUCUCCCCUCGACAUGACUUGGGGGUUUUAUUCUCAUUUCCCUGGCGUGGAUAUGAUUUUUUCUUGCAGGGAGUAUGACCAAAGCCUCCGAAAUUGCAUGAGAUGCGAUGCCAAGAGCCUGAGCCCUGCCGAGGUGGCCCUUGGCUCCGGGGCCGUGUGUGCGGCUGGUCUCUGGCAGGAGCAGGAAUGCUGGCAGCGCCGAUACCAGCACAGUUACCUGGCUAAUUCUCCCCGCUGUCGGGGAAGCCGUGGUUCUGAUGACAACCAGCCCGGCGGUGCGAGGGCUCACAGGCCGCUGCGGGGUUUGAACUGCGGGUCCCCAGUCUGCCGCUGGUGAUGAUCACUGUCAGGGAACGGUCCUUGUGCCAUUUCAGUCUCAGCAGUAAGGUUCGGCGUGUCUCCUGCCGCAAGCUCCCCCCACUUCUCAUCCCACCUUAGCAAACACGAGUAGCUCUGGCUGAGGCUGAGCAUCUGCUAUUGGCAAUUGCCUCAUUGUAGCUUUGCCUUUUUCUGUCCUAGUAUUUCCUCACAACGAUGAUGUUUACAUGUGAUUGCUAUAGAGCUUAUGUAGAAUGUAUAUAGCGACACAUUUAGGGUGGGUAGUACUGUCCUGUGCUGUGCUGAUGUUUUUCAGAAAACAAUCAAUCCAAAAAACAAACAAAAAAAAAGCAAAGUAAGUGGAAUUCUUCCAUCUCCCGCUCAGCCGGGGGCACCGAGCCCCCGUGGCCGGACCCCGCUGGGGAUGCAUCAAGCGUGGCGGAGGGGAAGGGUUAGUGCAGAGCUGGGGGAGGUUCAGAGCUGGGGGGAGCCCUCUCCUGGGGUACCACUCAGUCGCUUCCCAAGCAUUGGUUUCGGUGUACCCAGAUACAAAAUUUCGCGUUGUUUUCCUGCAGCUGGGAGCCCCGGGUCAGCCCGCAGCCCCCCCCUGUGCCCAGCCUCUGGGUAUCGCAGGGAGGCCGGUGCUGGGGAAGGGGAGGGCUCGUCCUGCACAGAGCCGAUCAGUACUGCACCCGCAGGGUAGGAAGAGAUGCAAUAAGUGGUCUUCGUGGUGCCUGAAGCCUAUAAGUGGGGUUGGGGUGGGUUUUUUUUUUUAGUUUGGGGUUUUUGGAGGGAUUUUUUUUUCCGUUAAAUUGGGAUGAUUUGUUUUCCCUCCUCCUCCGAGAAAUUUCUCCAGGACUUAUGCACUGUGCGCGGAGGUGUGCAAGGCGCAGAGGCACAAGUGUGGCUGGGGCAGCCCUCUGCCGCUGCCCACGCCUGCUGCAGGGAAAAGCAGGGGGCACGUGCUGCCUGCCCUGGGGGCACGUGCUGCCGCCCCAGGGGCUUCCCCAGCUAUUUAGGACUAGGUGAGAGUGGAGGGUGUUCAGCUCGAGAAUCACAGGUGUGACAAUCUGCUGGGGUUAAAAUCCCUCACAUGGGGUUCGUGGUGAAAAAUAAGUUUCCACUUUUUUUUUUUUUUUGUUUAAAUACAAAGUUGUCUUUAGCUCGCAGGGCUUGAGUCUGCAAAGGAAGGAGGGGUUGGGCAGAAGGGGCAGGUGAGAGCUCCCUCCUUUAGUGGCCUGUGACUUUUGGGUGCUGGCAGGGCAGCAGGGCAGGAGCAAAGCAAUGGCCGGGCACUGCACGGGGAGAGGCAUCCCGCACCGCCGGGGAAGCCAGAGGCACCCAGCGCUUUGCGGGAGCCUCAGCCCCGGAGCUGCCAGGGCUGGGGAGUGGGGAUCGCCCUCCCCAAAGAUUAGCUUUAUAUCCCGCCCAGUCUGUGGCAUCGCGGCGGGUGCCCCAGCUUGGCACCCCAAAAAGGGACCCCCCCGUCCCCCCUGGCAGCCCCGGGAAGCCACCCCCGCCACCUGCGAGGGCCGAGGCGGUGGGGCAGGUAAGAGCACUACUUCAAAGAGAAACUGGGAGCAAAAGGGUUUCUUACGGUAGGCAAUAAGUGCGGAGGAGAUUUAUUUUUUUAAAAAUAUAUAACUAUAGAAUGUCCCCCAGUUGUUUCCUGCAGGUACUGCGGGGAAAUGCUGAAUGUGAAGAGUUUCAUGAUAAAAUGCCCCUUUGCUUUUUUUUGCACAGAUUUGCCCCAGAAAAGCUCGUUGUUCAGGGUGGGGUACCGGGUUUCUGGCUGGAAUCCAGUGGGUCCCUGGGGCUCCGCGGGAAGGAGCAAAUGUUUCCGAGUGUCUGGGCUGAAUGCAGAGGACAAUCCCAGGUUUUAGGUUCGAUGCCGCCCCAAAGCAAAGGUUCAUCCCGAUUCCUACUCAGCGCAGCUGGCUGGGCUGCACACCUUUAACAAAGCGGCAGCUCCGUCACCACGUUACAGUCUUGAGUGUCUGAUUUCAGCACUGGUCCACGCGAAGGAGCGUUGCAAUUGCUGACCAGCACUUUUUUUUUUUCUUUUUUCUUUUUUUCUUUCUUUUUGGAGGUAUGCUGAAUACUGAGAUACAUCGUCGUUCGUAGCUGAGCCCUGACACCCUUUUCUGUUCUAAGCGUCGUAGUCCAUCCCCGACAAUCUCAAGCAAUAUAGAGCCAAAUGCAGCCUUCGGGUUUCAUUCCUCUUCCCUCGCCCAGCCUGGGGCCAGGGGUGGCGGCGGCAGCCUGGCUGCAGUGCCCACGGCCACGGCGCCCAGCCGAGAGCCACGCUGCGGUGAAUACUGAGUUGGGGAGGGAGUGUGUGUAUGAAUGUGAGAAAGGGAGAGAAAGAUUAAAUUGAUGCAUUUCUUGAGAAAGGUGUAAGAAUUUCACCUAAAAAGGGGCACAUCUGCUUUGUUAUUUAUAAAAAAAAAGCUAAAUUCUUUUUCUUCUUUUUUUUUUUUUAAAGUAAAAGGACACUGCUAAUAAUUAUUAGGGGCCAAUUCUGCCUCCCUUCCUCAUGCCGAGUAAGUACUACUUAACUCUGCAGUUUUCUACUUGCAGAGUAAGUAAAAGUAGCAGAAUUGAUCCCUCUGUGAUUAAGAAUCAAGUUUUUAGUCUGUUUGGUUUUUUUUUAAUUGGUAGCGGUUUUUUAUAUUUCACUUAAUUUUUUUCCCCAGUUCCGUUCUGUUGUGUCCUUAUUUAUGUAAUAUACUUUAACCUUAAAAGAUGGCAUGGAUUCUUAUGCCUUUCCUUUAUUAUUAUUUUUAAAGAAGAGAUUUAUUUCUAGUGUGAUUUAACUGUCUACCUUCUAAAACAAGAGAACGUUUUCUUGUAUUUUUACAUUGUCAGAUUCUAUAGUUUCAUAGAUAAUUUAACCAAAUCGCUCAAUGUAUUAUCUAUAUCUAUGCGGUGGGUAUAAAAGUUCUAUUUUAAAUUGUGUAAAUACUUCAGAACUGGCUUCUUUUUCCAGACUCCCCUGCUGCGGAGUUACUUGUUUACAUCAAAAAGACUGUAGAAUCUCUACGCUCAUGUACUGUAAAUAGUGAAGUGAUCUGCCUAUAAAUAAACGAUAACAUAUAUACUAUAAAGUGGAAAGAAAAACAAAGCAACACGUCUGUGCUGCUAAUACUUGGGUUUAUUAGUGCAAACCUGCUCUGGGAGGAGCUGUUUUGCUUUGCAGAAGGUGCUCUCCUGCGUCUGCCUGGCCGGCAGCGGGAUGGUGGGGGCACGGCCGGGACCGGAGGGGGGGGGGGGUGGCGGAGCCCCCCCAGCUCGCUCGCACCAACACUGCACCACGGCCAGGGAUGCAGCUCCCGCGAGGGAAUAUCUCUGUAUAUUUCUAUUUUAAGUGUGGUUUCUUGUAGUUUGACUCGUACAGCAAAAGCCUGGGCUCUGUACUCUGGACUUUGGGAGGGGUGCCACUGCUGCAAGACCCAUCGUGGAAGAAAUCCUCUGGACGGGGCGGGGGGUUAAAAGUGAAGUGGGGCACGCACCUCAAAUUGCUUGGGUGGGAUUAAGAGAGCAAAGGGCUGGAUUGCAAGAAAAAGUGUGGAACAGAUGGUGAUGCAGCAAGCGUACAGCUCAGGAUGGCACCUGGAUAGUCCCCCCGGUAGCGGAGAGCAGUCCUGCAGGAGCCAGCCUGCUCUCCCAGAGACAUGGCUGCAGUGGCCGAACCGCUGUUUCCCAGUUCAGGGUGUCCUGGUGUCCCAGUCACCGGGAGAGCCCAGGCUGCGGAAGGGACGGGAUGGAAAGCCCAGGCAGUCGGAGGCAGCAUGGAGGCAGCACCCCGGCAGCACCUGGCGCACGGGAGCCCAGCACCAGCCCUCGCCCCUGCAAGGGCUUGCCAGGUCGGAGGCAUCGCACUGAAUUAAUCUGGAGCAUGGCGUGGUGAUGCUGCUGGACCUCAGCAGCCCGAAAGGAGGAGGUCUGCAAUGUGCUGAGCUGUCCCGGCUGCUUUUUUUCCACCGAUUUGCACCGAUUUAGGCAGCUGCCCUAGAGCUGCCUGUCUCCAGCACAGCACAGCUGGUGGGACCCCAGCACGGGUCCCUCUGCCCAGCCACGGAGCCAGAACCAGCCUCCCACCCCAAAGCCAGCCCCUCAUCCCUGUGACUGCUGCACCUGAGUGGA